UUUUUGUGCAUGAAGGUAUGUCAGUGCUGUCAUAAAUAAAAAAAACUUCUUUAUCGAUAUGUUUCUUGUUAUUUUUUGUUUACAUGAAAUUUUUAAUAAAAAUUUUACUAUUUUAAACCUAAAAAUAAUAAAAGAGACAUAAAAUGAUGUAAUUUCUCCGUUUAUUUGAUUUAGUGAGAUCGUUGUGUGUGAUAUUCAUUGGAUUGUAUCAUACAAUGGCAGGUUUUAUUGCUGUUCAUACUGGGGCGGGUAAUUGCCUUGAUGAGACGAAAUACAAACGUGUGUGCAAGGAGGCCUGCGUAAAGGCGACAUCUAUUUUAAAGGCCGGAGGCACAACUCUCGAUGCAUGUGAGGCUGCAAUCGUUUGUCUGGAAAAUUCUGGAAACACAAAUGCUGGUUUCGGUUCAAAUUUGACAUGGGACAGACAAGUGGAAUGCGAAGCAUCCAUAAUGGAAGGGACAACAUUGCAGUAUGGAGCUUGCACAAACGUAUCCAACAUUCAAAAUCCAAUAUCAUUGGCUCGAGUAUUAUGCGAAAGACAAUCGAAAUUGCUGACAUUAGACCGAAUACCGCCAAUGGUUUUAUCAGGUGACGGUGCAUCGAAAUAUGCGAAAGAAAUGAAUCUGACGAUUGUCGAACCAAAACAAUUAAUAUCACGCAAGGCCGCCAAAUGCUACGACCACUACCGGAACAAUGUCGAACAAUACGAAAACCUGUACAACAUCAAAAUAACUCCCAUGGACACAGUGGGUGCGGUCUGUGUGGAUUUGGAUGGCAACUGCGUAGCUGGUUGUAGUUCGGGUGGACUGAUUUUAAAAAUUUCCGGACGCAUUGGUCAAUCAGCUACGUACGGUGCUGGCUGUUGGGCUCGAACAAAACCCGAUUCAGUUGCUGCAACAUGCACCACCGGAAAUGGUGAAUAUUUGAUGAAAACGCUGCUAGCCAAAGAAAUCGUCGACGACCUGUUACGAUGCGAAUGUCCCGUCACAUCACUGCACAAUACAUUCAAGGAAAAGUUUAUCGAAUCACCGUUCCUGUCCCAGCUGCGUGAAGUAUAUGGAGGCGCUCUGUCGAUUGUAUACGAUCCGCGAAACGGCGAUGGUGAAUUACUUUGGAGUCAUACAACACAGUCACUGUGCCUGGGAUACAUGUCCACAUUGCAGAAAAAUCCGAAGUUCAUAUUGUCAUCACUACCCAGCUACACUCAGCCAGGUACGUCCACCGUUGUUAAUGGACAGAGAUUUCGCUUACCAGUUCCUGUUUGAUAAAACUCCUAAUUUGAUGCAUUUAUUUUUACUAAACGUUUUAUGUGAUUAGUGUCAUCCGAAGGCGAAGGCGAAGUGACAAUGAAUAAAUAACGAUUUUGUAGAAUGAUAUG